CUCCGAUUUAGACUUCGCUCAGAGAGCAGCAGCUCCAGUGGAGGUUCAGGCUGUCAGCUAGCACGGUAGCCAUACAAGGCUUCAUGACAGAGGUUACAGGGUUGACCAGCGGCACCCCAACAGACGAGCCUCACUCGGCGCCACUGCACAUCGGACACCGCGACUCCGGGCGGACCCACACCGCUGCCCCCGCUCUCCUCCGCUCGCCUCCGUGCUCAAAGUCACUCAAUGCUGCGUUCCCGCUACCAGCUAACAGACUGAUCUGACUGUGUUCCUGCCACUUCAUGAUCCGAGCUAGCUGGGGAUCAAAACAAGGACAAUCGCUCAAAGUUUAAGCGCUGUUUGUAUUUCACCGCCCGGGAUCAAGCAACUGGGAGAGACGCGGGCCCCGGGGACAGCGACGGGACUCAGGGGCCAGGCAGCCAGGGCAGCGAGGGUGGUGGCUGGAUAGACUAGGGGGUCGCCUCCAGCUCCUGGUGGAUUUAUCCCCUGCCAGCUAACGUUAGCUAAGCUAGCUACAAACAGCACCAUGGACUGGUUAAUGGGGAAGUCAAAGACGAAGCCAAAUGGAAAGAAGCCUCCGGCAGAAGAGAAGAAGCAGUACUUGGAGCCAGAGUUCACAAAAAUCCGUGUGGUGGACUUUGACCUCAAGGAGCUGGUGGUGCUGCCCAGAGAGAUAGACCUCAACGAAUGGCUAGCCAGCAACACGACAACAUUCUUCAACCUUAUCAACCUGCAGUACAGCACCAUCUCAGAGUUCUGCACUGGGGACACCUGUCAAGCCAUGACGGCCUACAACACAAUAUACUACUGGUAUGACGAGAGGGGGAAGAAGACGAAGUGCACUGCUCCGCAAUAUGUCGACUUUGUAAUGAGUCUUUGUCAGAAACUGGUCACAGAUGAGGAAAUCUUUCCUACAAAAUACGGAAAAGAGUUCCCCAACUCCUUUGAGUCCUUGGUAAAGAAGAUCUGCCGGUACCUGUUCCACGUGCUGGCUCACCUCUACUGGGCGCACUUUAAAGAGACGGUGGCUCUGGACCUGCAGGGCCACUUGAACACUCUGUAUGCACAUUUCAUCGUUUUCGUAAGGGAAUUCAACCUGGUCGACCCCAAGGAGACCUGUAUCAUGGACGACCUGUCCGAAAUCCUCUGCACCCCCGCCCCGCCACCCGCGCCCACCCCGGCCCCCUCUGCCCCUGCCUCUGCACCCUCCCCCUCUUCACAAAACCACGUGACGGAGAGAUGAGCGGGGGCGGCGGUGAGACAGCAGCCCCGGGGGUGAUAGAAGAUAAGAUAGAGGAGAGAAGGAAAGACAGCCUGGCCCCCUUCCUCGGUGCCAGCAGGACUUAAGAGACCUUCCACUACCCUUAUAUUUCGCUACGACACCAACCAACCAGCCGGAAGGAAGGGGGGAGGGUUUUCGGGGGGGUUUGGGGUGGCGAGGAGGGGUUUGUCACGCCAGCAGGAAUUGGUGUGAGCGUUCCUCCCAGGGGCAAAUCCCUCCCAUCUUCUCUGCAAUUUAAACUAGGAACAAAAAAGUAUAUGUAUGUUUUAUUUUUGGUUUUAUUUCAUUUUUAUUUUUGUUGAAGUUUUAUUCAGUUUUUAUUUUUUGUUGUGGGGGUGGGGGGUGGAUUGGGGGGUGGGGGGGGGUGCAGUGUGUCUGUCGGCCCUUCGCCUCCCUCUAUCCUCUACCUAACAUACAGUACAGGAAGGGGGCUCUGCUUUGCUUUGACCUACUAUUGUACAGUGUUGUUGAUGUGUGGAGAAGAGGCGUCUCUGCUCACCUGCGGGCUCGUCCAUCCCUCCUCCUGCAGUGGCGGGAGGCAGCCUGCAGGCGCACGGCCACUACGCUGGCCAGUAGGGAGCCAUGUUACUGCCUGAUGGGACAAUAACUAGCCAAUCACUGUUUGGGUUGUUUAUGUCGGGGAUGAUUAAAGCGCUUCCUACUCAGGACCUGAGAGAAUACGUCACUGCUGCCAGAGAGAAGUUACUCUCUUUUUUUUCAUUCUCUGUCCCUUGUUCUCCAGACUGCUCAGCCCUCCCUAUGACAGAUUGUGUUUAACUACAGUAUAGUCACAUAAUCACCUAACAAACAUGUCCCAGAGCCGACCUGUAGAGGGCAGCAAACGCGUAGAGAACGCCACAGAAUCAGGGAGACAGAGAGGAGAAUAUAAAGAUUGUAUGUUAGCUCUCUAAUCUGAUCAGAGAAUGGAUGCUUCUGAGACAGACUGGUGCCCGUCUGUGGCUGAAUCGGAGCUGUUCCCUGGCGUUGAGCACAGCAGCAGCCCCUUUAACCACCAACACCACCACCACCACCCACUCCAGCUGCACAGAAGGACAAAGACAUGAGGUAAUGUCUGCAGGCCCACAGAGGGAGAGACGGAGACAGAGAGAGGGGUGAGAGUGAUGGGGGUGGAGCUGCUCUGCUGUUUAACAGACACCAGUGCUCCCAGUGCAAAACAAAAAAUCUUCUGGUUUUUGUUUUUUACCUGUCCCUUUAAAUUUGCUGUUUGAAAAGAUUAUCAGAGGAGAAUUAGUUCAGAAAUAAUAACAAUAAUGGUAUCAUUACACAUGUAUAGAAAAUGCACAGUCUGCUUGGACUUUACUGUACAAAGAAUUGCAAGCGGGUUCUGUCAGACAUAGCCUCUGUGUGGAGGAGGAUGGGUUUAUGAUUCUCCCUUUUUUUAUUUAUUUUAAUUCUGGUUUUUUUUUUUUUUUUUUUUUUUUUUGCAGGGUUCUUCAGUUCUGGCUCUCGUUUUUAUGUAUUUUAAUUAUUAACUAAGUUAAAAGCAAUUUAAUAUUUUAAGCUCUGCGGAUUAUAAUCUAAUAAAAGAGAGAAAUGCCA